AAAUAUAUAGCAAGUUGCGAUCCAAGACAGGGUCCAAUGAACCGUGUGGAAUCUGAAACAAUAACUGUCAAUAAAGGGAACUACAGUAUUCAUAUCAGAGGCAAUAGUGAGAAUGAGUUGGAGAAGCUACUCAGUUGUGCCCAUAUGCCCGGCAACAUGAAGGAAAGGAACUUUCCUCCCUCUUUUUGGGAGCAGCCAGCGGAACACAAAAGAGCUAGGUCACUGGACUCACAUCAACCCAGACGCGUUCACAACAAUCUCAACAACAUUCCCCUCCCCUCGGGCUGGGAGAUGAGACACACCUCUUCUGGACAGCCUUAUUUUUUAGAUCACAACACCAAGACAACAACGUGGGACGAUCCCAGAAAGGGAGCUCACAUGCAACAACAACAACAACAGGGCAUGCAACACAACAACUACUUAGUCUCACAGAACAAGAUCCUUCCACCAGGACACGCAGAUCCCCUUCCAGUCGGAUGGAAACAGUUCUACGAACAGGGAAAAACAAUCUUUCUUAACGAACAAACGGGGCAGAGGACAUUUGUUGACCCUAGACUUGGUCGAGGUGGAGUGGAGCCAAUAAUCCCUCAACAGAGUCCAGAUCCCCGACUCAGUGGCAACCUCCGUCCCAAAGUCAUGAACCCUAGUCGCCAUAGAAAAGGGCCGUUGACCCCACUGACGCCGACACAACAGCACGCCGGUACGCCGCCGCCAGGUCCUGUACACUUCAGAUCACAGAGUGUGGACGGCCGGGGCGGGUACAGUAAUCAGAUGAGCAGUGGAAGUUAUAGUAAUCAGAUGAGCGUAGAUCAUCUCAAGCAGAACCAGCUAGCCAGCCACCUGAACAUGUGUACUAUAGAGUCCCCUCCUCCUAACACUCCUGGAGAAGUUCACCCCAGUUUCCUAUCCCAACCUCAGUUCAACCACCACCAGCACAGCAGCAGCGAACCUUGGGUGAUGCCCUCACAUCAUGUUGAUGAUCAGAACAUGGAUAUUAUCUCCUCCCCUUACACUGACUACAAUGAACAAGGCAGAGGAAACUAUCCAGGAGGGGUUCCAACGGAACAAUCCACCCGCCCUCGCCCUAAUCACAUGACCCUGGGAGACCACAUGACAUUGGGGGACACGAGCAGUGAGCUAACAGAUAACGACCGCAUGUUGAUAGAACACAUGGAUAUUGCGCAGGAGGGAAAUGGAGGCGGCUUAGGGGAGAUCUACAAUGCGACAACAGAACGAAAUGAGAUUGAUGACAUGUUGAACCAGGACAAUAUUCUGGAAUACUUCGCUACACCACUCUGAGACACUGAGACAGGCAGCAACGCUGGCGUGUAACCAUAGCAACAGCGACAGUGCAAAAGAAGACAAAACACAGAUUACGUGAAUCAGUUGACGUUACUCCUCAAGGAAUGUGAGAGAUUGGUUAAUUAGUUAAUGAGUUAAUUGACUAAUUUAUGUGACAAUUACGUGCGCGUAACAUAACCUACCUGAUAGUUUAUCGAAUAUUAAUGAGUGAUGCAUCACUAAAAGUUGACAGACUUGAAUCUGUUAUAAAACACAUUAACCUAGUGUUGCAAAUUAGUUUAUAAGUUAAUUAGCUAAUUGGUCAAUUAGCUAAUUGGCCAAUUAGCUAAUUGGCCAAUGAGCUGAUGGAUUUGUUUAAGUGUUAUAAAAUAGCCUGAUUAAGUAAACAUGUAGACAAGAGUUGUAAUAUAUCUUUAUAAAAUUUGCAGAGAAGUUUGUGAGCAUUUACCUUAUUAGAACAAGUGAAGUAAGCAUUUACCUUAUUAGAACAAGUGAAGUAAGCAUAGUAACAUCUCCUUAUACGGGCAUCACGUGAUAAGCAAAAUAUCAAGAAUCUUUACAGAUAUUCAUUCUUUAUUUUGUACCCAAAUACAUGUUUUCUAGUGCUUGCUUGAUUUGAUAUGAUUUGGUAUAUUGAGUACACACGAGGGAGACAGGUUGAGACUGGUAGAAUUUACAACACACAAUUAUAUAAUUUAAUGACUUAAUUUAUGUAAUCAUGACAUGAAUUAUGUUGGAUUAUAAUUUGUGUUGUAGAACGAUAAAGUGUUUCUAAUGGUAGGAUUAAUAUUGACACUAUGACCUGACAUAGGAGUGUAGAGUAAUUAGUUAAUUAAUUAGUAAUUAAUUAGUCGAGGAUUGAAUUUACUUAUUUAAACUGUUUUACAACAGGCCGUAACUCUUAUCUGUGAAGCAGAGUUUACCUAUAAACCUACCAUCCAUUUACUUAUUAUAAGAAUUAUAAGAAGAAAUAAUCAUCCAUUUCCUCAGCACUAUUCCAACCUUUUUAACAAUUUCAUGGCCGCCAAGACGCGGUGUGCAGAACGACUUUAUUUUGUGCUCUCAUUCAGACAAAAUUUGGUGCUUGUUAUAAGUCACGUGACUAUAUCUUGUUUUAAAACAAUCUUAUUGGAUGAGGUCGUAAUUUAUUAUGCAUCAGCAAGUUUACUGACAAAUUAGAACAUUUAUAUCAAGCGGCUGUUUUAGAUGAAACUUUGAUUUUUUUGACAGAAUUUGAGAAUUUUGUUUGAAAAUCCUUUGCUUUUACUUACGACCUUUUUCU